AUGGCUGACGGUGAAACAGCACCCGCUCGCUCAUCUCGCUUUGGACAAAUUGAUCAACAGCGUUUGAUGUGUCGUUUAAUCUCACAUCCAUUAAAAUCAGAAAACUCUAUCACUCCUAUUACUGGUGGUGGACGACUACGAGCACAUUCAAACAAAGCGAGUCAAAAUGAAAUUCAAUUUGAACCAUUACCAGCAUUAAAACGAUUUCAGAAAUGGAAUGAUCCAAGAGAAAUUCAAUCAAGAAAUCGUCAGACAUUAAUCGAUGCAAAUAAACUUCGAGUAUCGUCACCGGGACCACCAGAAAAACGGGCAAAACUUGCACUUCCAGUUAUUGACGAACGAACAGCGGAAAAAAUGAGAUCAAGUGAAUUUCCUGGAGGUUACAGUCCAUCAACAAGCAAAAAACCUCAACUUGAUUCUAGAGAGAUGUUGCUUGGUGAAACAGAUAUGCAGAAAGUAAUCGAAUCUAUUCAUAGUGCUCCAGAUGGCUUCUUCCUAUAUUUAUCACAUGCCUAUAAUCGACAUGAUACAAAACAUAAUUAUUAUAAUUUGAAAGUAGUGAAUUAUGAACAAUGUGGAAGAGAAUAUCUAACGAUUAGUAAUGCUGGUGUGAGUUAUUAUCGUCCUGGCGAAGAAGUUGAGUUUACACCAAUAGAACAAUUUGCUAAAGAAUAUCAUCGUUUUACAAGACUAAUUAGAAUCAAAGUAUUUUCAACAUUUCGAAUGUGGAAAGCAUUUCAUGUCUGGUACAAAAAUAUGAGAAAGAAAAAAGUGACACAAGCGUCAAAAGCAUUGGUCGAUAAUUUAUUUCUUCUACAAGAGGCAUUGCGACCAGCAUUGUUGAAUAUUCGAGAAAUGUGUUUUCGUAUUAGUGAUAUGAGUUUAUGUAAAAUUGAACGAAGAUAUACUUAUACAUUAAAUGAAUUUAAUGAAAAUCAAAAUCAAACAUUGGGACAAGUAGCCACACGCUUACAAGAAUUUCGUGAUCUUGUUAAAGACGUUGUUGCUAGUGCGUGUCGUACACGAUUAUUUGAAGCUGGUUUUGUUCCCGAUGAUUUUCUUCAUACUAGUGAUCCAAAUAAUGAUAUUAAUAAUGGUUAUCAAUUACAAAAUAAUAUCGAUAUCGAAAUAUUAGCUCAACCUCCCGAUAAAGCCACAUAUGCUGAACAAGCGAAUAAACGAGCACAUUGUAGACGUUUGACAAAUUUUAUACGAUUAUGUGAUUAUCUAAUUGUGAAUACCUUUCAUGUUUUGGCUGUCAAUUCUGUACAAAGUCUAAAAAAUCAUUUUCUCGAACAAUUGGAAUCGACACCAUCAAAAGACGAAAUAAUUGGAUAUGUUGAGGAUAUUAGACGAAAAGUCGAUAAACCAGUAGGUGAAGGUGAAGAACAACAACAGCCACAACAAUCAGUGCCAACAACAGAACAACGAGCGCCUGUUCCAGGACUACCGAGUGCCAUAGAUGAAGAAGUUACCAAACAUAUUCCACUAUUUGUAACAGAAAUGAAAUUACAUUUAGAUGGUUUACAUUAUUUACCAGAUGUUGCUACUUUUCAAAGCGGAAUUGGUCAUGUUAUACAUAGUUUUCAAGACACAUUAUUAUCAUUAGACAAUUUGUUACCAGAUGAUGCAUUUGAUACAUUCACAAGACCAUAUAUUAAUGAAAAAUUUGAAGAAAAAACGUGUGGUGAUGGUCCUGAUUUACGACAAAUGUUCAAUGCUGAUUAUCAUUUUCAAGAUCUAAUUAAAGAUUGUAAUGAUUCACUUGAAGCUGGUUUCAAUGCUGCGAAAUUAUAUGCUGAUACAUUUAGUGAAUUUCAUCAAUUUUAUGCUGAAAAUGAAAAUACAAAUGUUGAAAAAUUGAAAGUUGAACAACAUGAUAUUGAAUUUUUUGCUACAUCCUUGGCAAAAUAUACACGAGAAGAACAGAUGGCUCAAUUGAUUGAUCCUAAAAAACCACUUGGAUUAUUAAUGAUUGAUGCAACAGAUGCAAAAACAAAAUUAGAACCAUCACCAAGACGAAUUCUGGAUGUAAUCAAUGAAAUAUUACCGAAAAUAGCUAAAGCUAAAACAGAUUCAUUGAAAGCUGAAGCUCAAGAUGCCACAGUUAAAUUAGAAACAAAACCAGAAUCCACUUUAGACUAUGUUGAUUCUUUAACAUUUUUGGAUGAAAUUCAAGAACGUAUUGAACCAUUAGAACAAGAAGCAGAAAUUGUUCGUAUGAUGUAUGAAUUAAUUGAACAAUAUAAAGUACCGUGUCCACCAGAAGACAUUGUCUCAUACAGUUCAUUAACAACAACAUUGAAUAGUUGUCGAAAUGCAAUGGAUAAAGCAUUGACCGAACGAGAUGCAUAUGUAAAUAGAUUUGUUACAUUACUCGAUAAAGAUAUUGAAAUGUUAACACAAGAAGUUCGACAAAUAAAACAAGAUUCUCAGAAUCCAUUGUUGUUAGAUCCAUAUGCUGAUAAAGAUAAAGUAAAAUUAUUACUUGAUGAAUAUAUUAAAAAAAUUGAAAUUCAACAACGUACAUCUCAUACAUAUCGUUUAUAUCAAAAAAAUUUUAAAGUUGAAGUAACAAAAUUCGAAGAAUUAGAAGAAGUUUAUGGUGAAUUAAAAUUGAAAGAAUUAUUAUGGAAUUCAUUACAAGAAUGGGAUACAAUGUUAGAGGAAAUAAAAGGAGCGGACUUUAAUAAAUUAGAUCAUGAACAAGUAGCACAAACCGUGAACAAAUAUGGUAAAAAUGUUUAUCAAUUAGAACGUGGUUUACCACCAAAUCAAUUAGUACCAAUAUUAAAAGAAAAGAAGGUCGAAGCGUUGAGAUCAAAACUACCUACCAUAAUAAAUUUACGUAAUCCUAAUUUGAAACGACGACAUUGGGAUGUAAUUGAAGAUUUAAUUAAAUUUCAUCCAACAGCCGAAGAUCCAUUAACGUUAGGAAAAUUAAUAGAGAUUAAUGCCUUUCAACAUGAAGAAAGAAUACAGGAAAUAUCGGGUCAAGCAAGUUCAGAAGCCAGUCUUGAAGGAAUUCUUAAGAAAGUCGAAGAUUCUUGGAAAGCUGUUGAAUUUCCUGUUAUACAAUACAAAGAUUAUAAAGAUGUUUACAUACUCGGUGGAACAGAUGAAAUAAUGCAAUUAUUAGAUGAUAGUAAUAUUAACAUUGCUACAAUUGCUAGUUCAAGACACGUUGGACCAAUUAAAAAUAAAGUAGAAGAUUGGCAAGCAAAUUUGGAUUUAUUUAGUAAAACAUUGGAUCAAUGGCAAAAAUGUCAAAAAACAUGGCAAUAUCUGGAAAGUAUUUUUGGUGCACCUGAUAUACAACGACAAUUGCCGGCUGAAGCAAAAAUGUUUAAUCAAGUUGAUAAAACAUUCAAAGAUGUUAUGCGUAAAACAAAUAAAAUUCCAUUAGCAAUUAAAGCUGGAACACAACCAGGAUAUUUGGAAUUAUUUCAAACAAACAAUGCACUUCUUGAUCAAAUUCAACAUUCUCUUGCUUCUUAUUUGGAAACGAAACGAUCCAGUUUUCCACGAUUUUACUUCUUAUCUGAUGAGGAAUUAUUGGAAAUCUUAUCUCAAACUCGUAAUCCAUUGGCUGUACAACCACAUUUACGAAAAUGUUUCGAAGGUAUUAAUCGUCUUGAAUUUACAUCAAAAGGUGGUGAAGAUAUGGAAAUGACAAUCACCAUGGCUCCAGAAAUUAGAGCUAUGCUUUCACCUGAGGGUGAACGAGUGGAACUUCUCAAAGUAAAAGCAACAGGAAAUGUUGAAGAUUGGUUAAAACAAGUAGAAAAAAAUAUGAUAACAGCUGUAAGAACGUGUAUAAAGCGAGCAAAAGAUGAUUAUGAACGAAGUGUAAGAGAAGAAUGGCUAUUACGAAAUGCACAUCAAAGUGUUUUAACUGUAUCACAAACAUUCUGGUGUGUUACUCUAACACAGAUAUUGAUGAGUGAUGACUCUGUUCGACAUCUCAAAUUAACUGAAUUUGAAACAAAAAGUUAUCAGGAUCUGAAUAAAUUAGCAGCACUCGUUCGACAAGAAUUACCACAACUUGUACGAGAUGUCUGUCGUGCAUUAAUCACAAUCGAUGUACAUGCCCGUGAUAUUGUAUCAGAAAUGGUUAAAACUACGGAUGCUAACAUAAAUAGUUUUGAAUGGUUAAAACAAUUACGAUAUUAUUUUGAACAAGAUUUAACUGUUGUUCGUAUGGCAAAUGCACAAUACAUCUAUGGUUAUGAAUAUCUUGGAGCGUCUGAUCGAUUAGUUAUUACACCAUUAACAGAUCGUUGUUAUUUGUGUUUAAUGGGUGCUUUACAACUGGACUUAGGUGGUGCUCCAGCAGGUCCUGCCGGCACUGGCAAAACUGAAACAACAAAAGAUUUGGCCAAAGCUUUAGCCAAACAAUGUGUUGUGUUUAAUUGUUCUGAUCAAGUAGAUUACAAGAUGAUGGGUCGAUUCUUUAGCGGGCUUGCACAGUCUGGUGCUUGGUGCUGUUUUGAUGAAUUCAAUCGAAUUGAUAUUGAAGUAUUGAGUGUUAUCGCACAACAACUGAUUACCAUAAGAAAUGCUAAAGCAGCUAAAUUAUCCACAUUCAUGUUUGAAGGCCGUGAAAUUCGCCUGGUUCCUACAUGUGCUGUUUUUAUCACUAUGAAUCCUGGUUAUGCUGGUCGUACUGAAUUACCCGAUAAUUUAAAAGCACUCUUCCGUCCAAUAUCCAUGAUGGUACCCGAUUAUCGUCUCAUUGCCGAAGUCAUUUUGUAUUCAGAAGGUUUUGAAAAUUCAAAAGUUUUAGCACGUAAAAUGGUUCAAAUGUAUAAAUUAUGUUCGGAACAAUUAUCACAACAAGAUCAUUAUGAUUUUGGUAUGCGUGCUGUAAAAUCAGUAUUGGUUAUGGCUGGUGUACUAAAACGUGAAAGUCCAACGGUCGUUGAAGAUCUUGUGUUAAUUCGAGCAUUACGUGAUAGUAAUUUGCCAAAAUUUUUAACCGAUGAUGCCAUAUUAUUUAAAGCAAUUGUUCAAGAUUUAUUUCCAAAUGUAGUUUUACCCGAACAUGACUAUGGUGAAUUACGUAGUACAAUUAUUGAGAUCCAAUUGAAACGAGGUUUACAAACAGAAGAAUCACAGAUAGGAAAAGUCAUACAAUUUUAUGAGACAAUGUUAAUUCGACACGGUGUGAUGUUAGUUGGUCCUACUAUGGGAGGAAAAACCACUGUUUAUAGAAUAUUAGCUGACACAUUAACGGAUUUACAUGCAAAAAAUAUUGAUUAUCAUUUUUAUCAACCAGUACACACAUAUGUGUUAAAUCCAAAAUCCAUUACAGCUGGUGAGCUAUAUGGUGAAUUCAAUAAAACUACCAUGGAAUGGAAAGAUGGAUUAAUGGGAAUGAGUGUGAGACAGUGUGUGCAAAGUAAAGAUCAUCACUGGAUAAUUUGUGAUGGUCCUGUUGAUGCUGUUUGGAUUGAAAAUUUAAACACAGUAUUGGAUGAUAAUAAAAUGUUAUGUUUAGCUAACAGUGAACGUAUAAAAUACACACCAUACAUGCAUAUGGUAUUUGAAGUUCAGGAUUUAUCUACGGCCUCUCCAGCCACUGUAAGCAGAUGUGGUAUGGUUUAUAUUGAUUCAAAUGAUAUCAAAUGGAUGCCAUAUGUUAAAACAUGGAGUAAAAAAUUUGAGGAUAAAUUCGGUGGAAUAUAUACUGAAUAUUUAAUGGAUUUAUUCAAUGCACACGUUGAUCAGGGUCUCGCGUUUGUGCGAAAAAAUUGUAAAGAAAUUAUUAAACAGGUUGACAUUGCUAAAGUGGUGACAUUAUGUUGUCUAAUUGAUGCUCUAUUGACAUCAGAUGCAAAAGUUGAUUUAAAAUUAGAAGAAGCUAAAAUGAAAAUCAUGUUAGCCACAACAUUUGUCUUUUGUUAUGUAUGGAGCGUGGGUGGUAAUGUGAAUUCAAAAGAUUGGGAUCAAUUUGAUACGUUUGUUCGCUCACAAUUUGAAGAAGAUGCUGAUGCUAAAUUAGGUUCUGGUGGUGAUUUAUAUUCAUAUGAAAUUGAUGUACAUCAUCGACGUAUGGAAACAUGGGAAAAAAGUGUACCGGCAUUUAAAUAUGACAAAAAUAAACCAUUUUUUGAUUUAUUAGUACCGAAUAUUGACUCGUGUCGGUUCGGUUAUUUAUUAGAAAAAUUAGUUUCAGUUAAUAAAUCGGUGUUAUUCACGGGUGAUACGGGUGUGGGAAAAACGGUAAUUGCACGAGCACAACUGUUAAAAUUAGCCGAUGAACAAAAUUUGUUCCCAUUAUUUUUGAAUUUUUCUGCUCAAACGAGUAGUAAACGAACGCAAGAAAUGAUCGUGCCAAAGUUGGAAAAACGAAAGAAGAAUGCUUUAGGUGCACCGAGAGGAAAACGAAUGGUGAUAUUUAUUGAUGAUUUAAAUAUGCCUAAAUUGGAAACGUACGGUGCACAAGCACCAAUUGAACUGUUACGUCAAUAUCAAGAUUUUGGCGGUCUAUAUGAUCGUGAAACAUUGAAAUGGGUUGAUAUCCACGAUGUGAUUUUAUGUGCAGCUUGUGGUCCACCCGGAGGAGGUAGAAAUGCCACAACACCUCGAUUAUUACGCCAUUUUGCAUUAUUUGCUAUACCAGCUCCAUCGGAGUAUAGUUUAAAGCACAUAUUCAAAUCAAUCUUAAAUGGAUAUUUAGUCGAUUUUAAUCAAAAUGUGAAAUCUGUUGGUGAUGGAAUUGUGGAUGCAGCUGUGGAAAUUUAUUUGAGAAUGAGUGCUGAAUUAUUACCAACACCGACAAAGUCUCACUACGUAUUCAAUUUAAGAGAUUUAUCAAAAUGUAUUCAAGGAGUUUUACAGGUUAAACCUGAAAGUAUAUCGGAUCGUGAUAGUUUAGUUCGUGUAUUUUUUCAUGAAUCAUUACGUGUAUUUCACGAUCGUUUGAUUAACGAUGAAGAUAAACAAUAUUUUCAUACAAUGUUAUCUGAAUUAGCCACACGUUUAUUUUCCAUGCAAAUUGAACCGACUCAUUUUGUUACAAAGCCGAUUAUUAUGGGUGAUUUCAUGAAAGUAGGCGCACCAAGAAAUGAACGUUUGUAUGAGGAGAUUACUGACUAUCAGAAGUUAAGAAAUAUUUUGCAAGAUUAUCAAGAAGAUUAUAAUCUACAAUAUAAUAAAAAUUCAAAAUUAGUCUUUUUUCUCGAUGCUAUUGAGCAUAUUGCAAGAAUAGCUCGUAUAAUCCGACAAGAUCGUGGUAAUGCAUUGUUGGUGGGUGUUGGUGGAACAGGAAAACAAUCUUUGACACGUUUAGCAUCACAUAUGUGCGGUUAUAAAUGUUUUCAAAUUGAAUUAUCACGUGGUUAUAAUUAUGAUGCGUUUCAUGAAGAUCUGAAAAAAUUGUAUGACCAAGCUGGACCAAGAAAUGAAAAUACAGUGUUUCUGUUUACUGACACACAAAUUGUUGUCGAAGAAUUUCUGGAAGAUAUUAACAACAUUUUAAACUCAGGUGAAGUACCAAACUUAUUCGAUAAACAAGAUGAAUAUGAACGAAUGAUUAUUGGUUGUCGACCAGGAGCGAAAGAAGCUGGUAUUGCUGAAAAUGAUCGUGAAGCAAUUUAUACAUUUUUUAUUAAUCGUGUUCGAAAUAAUUUACACAUGGUUAUUUGUAUGAGUCCCGUAGGCGAUUCAUUUCGUACACGAUGUCGAAUGUUUCCAAGUUUAGUCAAUUGUUGUACAAUCGACUGGUUUACAACGUGGCCCCGCGAAGCUCUUUUGUCUGUUGCUCGUACUUCAUUUGAAAAAUAUAAUUGGGCCAAAGGCGAAGAAUUUAUGAUUGAUGCAUUGGCUCAGAUGUGUGUUGAAAUUCACAUGAGUGUAACAGUGAAAGCUAAACAAUUAUUAACGGAAUUAAGACGACAUUAUUAUACGACUCCAACAUCGUACUUGGAGCUGAUUAAUCUUUACUUGUCAAUGUUAAAUGAUAAAAAAAAACAAAUUGAGAAUGCCAAAGCUCGUGUUGAACGAGGUCUCAAAAAGUUACUUGAAACGAAUGUUCUUGUCGAUGAAAUGCAAGCUGAAUUGGUCGCUUUGGAACCACAAUUAAAGAAAAAAUCAGAUGAAACAGCAAAACUUAUGGAAACGUUGGCGGUUGAUCAAGAAAAAGCAGAUGAAGUACGACGUGUGGUCAUGGAAGAUGAAGCUGUUGCUCGAGUCAAAGCUGAAGAAACCCAAGCAAUGAAAGAUGAUGCACAACGUGAUCUUAAUCUUGCUUUACCUGCAGUGGAAAAAGCAAAUGAAGCAAUUUCAAGACUGAGUAAAGAAGCUAUUACCGAAUUACGAACAUUUCAAACACCGCCCGCUUUAGUCAAGUUGGGCAUGGAAGCUGUGUGCAUACUUUUUCGAAAAAAACCGGACUGGCCAUCAGCCAAAGCACUUUUAGGUGAUAUGGGUUUUCUUCCAAGCAUAAAAGAGUAUCAAAAAGAUUCAAUACCGCCAGAAGUUUUAAGAGAUCUCAAACCGUAUCUUGAAAAACCAGAAUUUAAUAUUGAUGCGAUUAAAAAAGCAUCAACGGCCUGUGGAAAUUUAGUUGAAUGGGUUAUAGCCAUUGAUCUUUAUGCUAAAGUUAGCAAGGAAGUUGAACCGAAACGUAAACGAGUAGCUCAAGCUGAAAAAGAUUUAAAAGAAGUUAUGGAUCAAUUGAAGAAAAAACAACAACAAUUACAAUCGGUUGAAGCAAAAAUCAAAGAGUUACAAGAAUCGUAUGAUCAUCAAGUAGCAGAAAAGAAAAAAUUGGAAAUUUCAAUAAUGCAAACACAAAGUCGUUUAAAACGUGCAUCAAAAUUAACAACAGCUUUGGCUGAGGAACAAAUUCGAUGGAAAGAGAAUAUUAAUGAAUUUAAUGAACAAAUGAAAACAGUAACUGGAAAUGUAUUCGUAUCAUCCGCAUGUGUUGCUUAUUAUGGUGCAUUUCCUUCGCAAUAUCGAGUCGAGCUUGUUGAUCAAUGGGUGGAAGGGUGCAAAACGCAUAAAAUUCCUGUGUUGGAUAAUCUAGCAAUUGUCAACGUUUUGGCUGAUCCAUUUUCAAUUAGACAAUGGGUGACGCAAGGUUUGCCACGAGAUGAUUUUAGUACAGAAAAUGCUAUAUUAGUGACAAAAGGUCGACGAUGGCCACUGAUAAUCGAUCCACAAGAACAGGCUAAUCGAUGGAUAAAAAAUAAAGAAAAAGAAAAUGCACUUAAAAUAAUUAAGAUGACUGAUGGACAUUUUCUACGAAUCUUGGAAAAUUGUGUCCGUAUUGGAAUGCCAUUAUUAUUAGAAGAUAUUGGAGAAACAUUAGAUCCAGCAUUAGAACCAAUUUUACUUAAACAAACAUUUAUGUCGGGUGGUCGUCUUUUAAUUCGUUUGGGUGAUAGUGAUAUUGAAUAUGAUCAAAAUUUUAAAUUUUAUAUGACAACCAAACUCGCAAAUCCACAUUAUCUACCAGAAAUAUGUAUUAAAGUAACAAUAAUUAAUUUUAGUGUCACUAAACAAGGUUUGGAAGAUCAAAUUCUUAGUGAUGUUGUUCGUCUUGAACGACCAGAUUUAGAUGAAGAAAUGAAUAGAUUAAUUGUCACAAUGAAUAACGAUCGAAAUCAACUGAAAGCAAUCGAAGAUAAAAUCUUAAAAAUGUUAUUUGAAUCGGAAGGAAACAUUUUAGAUAAUGAAGAACUUGUCAAUUCGUUAAAUGAUUCAAAAGUAACAUCAUCAGCAAUCAAACGACGUCUUGAGGAAACAAUAAAAACUGAAGCGAAUAUAUCAGUAGCGAGAGAAAAAUAUCGUAAAAUAGCUAAACGUGGAUCGUUACUCUAUUUUGUUGUCGCUGAUCUUGGUCUCAUUGAUCCCAUGUAUCAAUUUUCAUUACGUUAUUUUACGCAAUUGUUUAAUUCAACAAUUGAAAAUAGUCAAAAAUCAGACGAUUUAGAUAAACGAUUAGACAUCCUGUUAGAAUCAACAACAGAAGCUAUGUACACAAAUGUAUCAAGAGGUCUGUUUGAGAAAGACAAACUUGUGUUUAGUUUUCUGUUAUGUACAGAAAUACUUAAAUUGGAUGGAGUUAUUAACGAAAUAGAAUGGAAUUAUCUUUUGCGUGGUGGUGUCGGUGGAGAAAAGAAACGUCCUCCCAAACCAAAUGUAGACUGGGUAACUGUGGACAUGUGGAAUCAAAUCAUAACAUUAGGUGAAUAUUUUGAACCGUUUAAAAGUUUACCAAAUGAUUUGGAAACUCGUCCAAUAUCUGUUGAAAUAAGUCCCGAUGUAAAAGUGGCGUUAAAUCCAAAAGAUUUAAAUGUCAGCACAUCUGAAUAUGAUAAAAAAUUAACAGAUUUUCAAAAACUUAUAUUUAUCAAAUCAUUUGCACCACAUUCACUUGUACAAGCGAUCACAAUAUUUGUUGAAACAAAACUUGGAAAAAAAUUUAUUGAAAGUCCAUCUGUAGAAUUGCCCGUAUUAUAUCAAGAUAUGUCAAAUCGUAUUGCACUCGUGUAUAUAUUAAGUACUGGAUCCGAUCCAAUGAGUAGUUUUCUACGAUUUGCCACUGAUAUGGGAAAAACUAAUCAUAUUAAAACGAUUUCACUUGGUCAAGGUCAAGGUCCAAUUGCUGAACGAUUAAUUGCUGCAGCUGUAACAGCUGGUGAAUGGAUAUUUUUACAAAAUUGUCAUUUAGCUGCAUCAUGGAUGAUCUCUAUGGAAACAAUAAUGAAGAAUAUUAAUGAAGGUGUUACUCCAUGUCAUGAAGAUUUUCGAAUAUUUUUAAGUUCAAUGCCAGCAAAAACAUUUCCAGUUAGUGUUUUACAAAAUAGUGUGAAAGUCACAUCGGAACCACCAAAAGGAAUACGAGCAAAUUUGAAACGUGCUUUUGUGGGAAUAACACCAACAUUUUUUGAAACACAUGCAUUGGAAAUGGAUUGGAAAAAGAUUGUUUUUGGUAUUUGUUUCUUUCAUGCUAUCAUUUUGGAACGAAAAAAAUUUGGACCUCUCGGUUGGAAUAUUCGUUAUGAAUUUAAUGAUAGUGAUCGAGAAUGUGCUCUACUAAAUUUUCAAAUGUUUUGCAAAGAUGGUUACAUACCGUGGGAUGCUCUAAUUUAUAUUACAGGCGAAAUAACAUAUGAUAUACUGUCACCUGACUAUAAAUAUUCACCAUCGGGUAUCUAUUAUUGCCCAGAACAGCAAUCUAUCACACAAUAUCGAGACUACAUUGAGCAAUUACCGAUAAUUGAUAAUCCGGAAAUAUUUGGCAUGCAUGAAAAUGCCAAUAUUACGUUUCAAACUCAAGAAUCGAGUUAUUUAAUAAAUACAAUAAUCGAUGUUCAACCUCGUGUGUCGUCUGGCGGCACGGGAAAAUCAAAUGAUCAAAUUGUUUAUGAAUUAGCUGAUGAGAUUUUGAAGAAAUUACCUGCAAAACUUGAUAUUGAAAAAGCGCCAAGAUACAUGUUUGAACCAGAUUCGAAAGAUCGUCUGAAUUCAUUAACAACUUUAUUUUUGGACCAUUCGUUAGAAACAUCAACUACGAAGGAUAAACUUUUUAAACAGGUUCUGCAACAAGAAGUCGAUCGAUAUAAUCGUUUAUUAGAUGUCAUCAAAUCAUCAUUAACAAAUCAAAUGAAAGCAAUUAAGGGUCUCGUAGUAAUGGAUGACACGUUAGAAAAAAUGUUUAAUGCUUUCUUAAAUAAUCAAGUGCCACGUACUUGGGCAGAUGCCGCAUAUCCAUCAUUAAAAUCACUGUCCUCUUGGAUUAAAGACUUGCUGUUACGUUGUGAUUUUAUAUUGCAAUGGAUUACACAUGGCCUACCAAAAAGUUAUUGGCUACCCGGUCUAUUUUUUCCGCAAGGGUUUUUGACUGGUGUUUUGCAAGUGCAUGCAAGAAAAUAUGAUUUACCCAUUGAUGAAUUGAGUUUUAAUUUUGUGAUACUGCAAUAUGAACGUGAUCACGAAUCGUAUAAUGAAAAUGCAAAAAAGCUAGAAUAUGGUAAAAAACUUGACGAAGAUGAACAGCUUCCAACUGUAAAAGAUGGUGUUCUGUUACACGGUCUAUAUAUGGAGGCAUUUCGAUGGGAUCCACAAGCAAAACAAAUUACUAACGCUGUACGUGGUGAAAUGGUUGGAACACUGCCCAUGUUGCACAUGGAACCCAAACAAAAUUUUGUCACUGAUCCAUCACAUUAUUUAUCACCGUUAUACAAAACAGCAGCUAGAGCGGGCGUUCUAUCAACGACAGGUCACUCAACGAAUUUUGUUGUUACUGUGAAUUUACCUACGGAUAAACCGCAAGAUUAUUGGAUAUCAAUGGGAUCUGCGUUUCAUGUCAGCAAAUUGUCGUCAGCACACGUCUAUCUUCGACUUCACAAAGGUGAAAGCAUAAAUAAUUUGCCACAAGCUGCAUUAGAAGACUGUUGUCAAUUGGUAAAAGCAAACAGUAUCGAAGGAUGUAAAAUAAAUAAUGUUGAUAUUGUUUACACAUCGGUUGAUAAUUUACGUCAAACAGCUGAUAUGGAUGUUGGACAAGUUGGAUUUUAUCGAGAGAAAGACGUAAAAAAUUAUGCUAUUACAAAGAAACAAAAUGAAAUUGUUAAUCGACUAAAUAAAACGAAAAGAGAAAUUAGCACAGAAGACUUUAUAGCUGAACGUGAACAACGUGAUCAGCAAGAACGUGAUGAGAAGAAGAAAUUAAUUCGUGAUCAAAAACAAAAAGAGAAAGAAGAUGAGAAACGUCGUCAAGAAACUGCAGAAUUAAAAAAUUAUACAUCAUUGAUGGUUAGUGACAAAAUGCGAUCGAAUAAAGAUGAUGGAAACGAUUCGGACGAAUUUAUGUAA